AUCAGCCAUUUUCUUCUCUACCCGGUGGAUCAAGUCUCAGUCGACCUAUCUUGUUAGGAUUGUCAUCUAUGUCUGUCACCACGCCAACCCCCAUCCAAAGGCAAACGAUUCCACUGGCUCUUCUUGGAAAAGACCUUGUCUGUUCAUCUAUGACUGGUUCAGGAAAGACUCUAGGUUAUCUGGUACCGAUCUUUGAGCGACUCAUGUGGCGAGAUAAGAAAGGCGGAGGCAAAACACGGGUCAUGAUUCUGACACCUACUCGGGAGUUGGCGGUUCAAGUUUAUCAAGUAGGAAAAUCGCUAGCCAGGUAUACCGACUUGACAUUCUCACUUUGCGUGGGUGGUAUGAAUCUGAGGACGCAAGAAGCUGAAUUAAGAGAGCGGCCUGAAAUCGUUGUCGGAACACCUGGUCGAGUCAUUGAUCAUGUCCGAAAUACUAGAGGAUUCUCAUUGGAUACACUCGAGAUCUUGGUUAUUGAUGAAGCGGAUCGGAUAUUGGAGGAAGGUUUCCGGGAUGAAUUAGAAGAAAUCAUCAGCAAUUGUCCUCGGUCAAGACAAACCAUGCUUUUCUCGGCAACCGUGAGCGAAUCAGUAGCUGAUCUUGCCAGACUAUCGCUUGAAAAGCCAAUUCGAAUCAAAAUCGAUCCUCCCAAAUCAACUGCCACCGGUUUAACUCAAGAGUUUCUCAGAGUUCGAGACGAUCAAUUGUUAAAAAAGGGUGCAGGAGUAGCUGAUAUACAAAGAGAAGCUAUCUUGGUAACUCUUUGCAAGGCUUCAUCUUUUAGUAAAGGACGUACUAUCAUCUUCUUUCGAAGUAAAGUUGGUGCACAUCGAAUGAAAGUGACUUUUUCUUUAUUUGGACUGAAGGCUGCCGAACUUCAUGGUAAUUUAACUCAGGAACAACGGAUGAGUUCUUUACAAGAUUUCAAAGAUGGAAAGGUCUCUUACCUUUUAGCCACUGAUCUGGCUAGUCGUGGUUUAGAUAUCAAAGGAGUGGAGCGAGUAAUCAAUUAUGAAACUCCAAAUCAAUAUGACGUUUAUCUGCAUCGGAUUGGGCGAACGGCUAGAGCUGGAAAGAAGGGUAGUGCUUUGACUUUAGUGGGAGAAUCUGAUCGAAAGCUGGUUAAGGAGGCUCGACGAAAUUGUCAAGGUACAAUCAAACAACGUAAGAUUGAUCCGAAAAUCGUUCAAGAUGUUAGUAAAGAACUCGCUCGAUUACAGUCAUCGAUUGCCACCAUCUUAGAAGAUGAACAGGAAGAAAAAGUUUUGAAGAAAACUGAGAUGGAAUUGAAGAAGGGUCAAAAUCUUAUCGAGCACGAUGAUGAGAUUAAAAGUCGGCCAGCUCGAACAUGGUUUCAGAGUGAAUCAGACAAAAAGAAAUCUAAAGAUGUUGGAACAUCUGCUCACACAGCGAAUUUUACGAAAACCAAGGAUAGCAAAGGCACUAAACGGGAUAAAUUCGAUGGACUCUCAAGAGCACAAAAACGUCGAAAGAUGGCCAAUGAAGAAGAUGCACAAGAAAGAUUACAACCUGUGAUCAAUUCAUCCAUCAGAGCAGCUAAGAAAGCACAAAGACCUGUGAAGAUCGGUAUGGAACAAGAAUCUUAUAAAACUCUUAAUGCCAAGAAAAAAUCAAAAAGUAAACCCAAAAAAGGUAAAAGUAGUUUUAGUAAUGAUUUAGGUGAAAAGAAAUCGGUUAAAUCUUCUUCUAAACCUUCACCUCGUCUCAAUAAAAAGAUCACUGGGUCUAGUGGUAAACCUCAGAAAGGAGGCAAGCGUGGAAAGCGAUAGAUUUUUUUGUCUUGAUAUCUUUUUACAUUCAUUGAAUUAGUCACAGAACUUAUUUUAUAUUUUGUAUUUGAUCACUCUAUUAACAAUAAGGAAUAGUUACGUUGUUGCAAUCAUAGUGGCUUCAAACGUGAUUUAUCGU